UCCUUUCUUCUUUUCUCACUUUCUACCACGACACCAUAAAAUACUUCUUUGCAGGCUGUUUCCCCUUCUAACUCCCAUUUCUUACCAAACAAUGGUUUUGACAUGGGCUUCUAUAGCCACCAUUGUUGCACUUGCUUUGUUUCUUCAGCUUUUGUUAAGGAAGAUGACGAGUACCAAACACAAAAAACUACCUCCUGGUCCUAAAGGCUUGCCAAUAUUUGGUUGCCUACACAUGCUGGGCAAGUUUCCACACAGAGCAAUGCAUCAAUUAUCACAGAAAUAUGGACCCAUUAUGUACAUGAAGUUGGGUUUGAUGCCAACAGUUGUUGUCUCUUCACCACAAGCAGCUGAAUUGUUCCUUAAGACACAUGACCUCGUCUUUGCAAGUAGGCCUUCACUUGAAGCUGCAAAGUACAUCUCUUAUGAGCAAACCGGUAUAUCUUUUGCUCCUUACGGUUCUUACUGGCGAAACAUGCGUAAAAUGUGCACUCUAGAGUUACUCAGCACCCUCAAAAUCAAUGACUUCAAGUCCAUGAGACGGGAGGAGAUCAAGAAAUUUGUCGAGCACAUUAAGGACGCGGCUAAAGAAGGCGUUGCAGUUGAUGUUAGUGCUAAAGUAGCAUCGCUUAGCGCUGACAUGACUUGUAGGAUGGUGUUUGGUAAGAAAUACAUGGACAAAGAUCUUGAUGAGAGAGGGUUUAAGGCUGUGAUUCAUGAAGGGAUGAAACUAGGUGCUACUCCUAAUGUCGGUGAUUACAUUCCUCAGAUUGCUUGGCUUGAUCUUCAGGGGCUGAGGAAGCGAAUGAAGGCUGUUAGUAAGGUGUUUGAUGAUUUCUUUGAGAAGAUCAUUGAUGAGCAUAUUCAUUGUAGAGAUGAAGAUAAAGUUAAAGACUUUGUUGAUGUCAUGUUGGGGAUAGUUGGAUCCGAAGAAACAGAGUAUUCUAUCAAUCGCGGCAACAUUAAGGCUGUAAUCUUGGACAUGCUUGCAGGAGGAAUGGAUACCUCGUUUACAUCCGUUGAGUGGACAAUGUCAGAACUUUUAAGGCACCCAAGAGUAAUGGAGAAACUACAAAAGGAGUUAGAAGAAGUGGUGGGAAUGAACAGAAUGGUUGAAGAAUCAGAUUUGGAGAAGUUGGACUACUUAGACAUGGUGGUGAAGGAAUCAAUGAGGAUCCACCCCGUGGCACCUUUACUCAUACCUCAUGAGUCCAUUGAGGAUUGCAUUGUCGACGGCUUCCACAUACCCAGAAAAUCUCGCAUCGUUAUCAAUACAUGGUCUAUUGGGCGAGACCCAAGGUCGUGGACCGAUGCAGAGAAGUUCAUUCCUGAGAGAUUUGAAGGAAGUAAUGUAGAUGUUCGCGGACAUGACUUCGAGCUUCUUCCAUUCGGUUCUGGACGUAGGGGAUGCCCUGGACUACAGUUGGGUUUGACUAUGGUCCAGCUAAUGCUAGCACAAACGGUGCACUGCUUUGAUUGGGAGCUUCCAGAUAAUAUGUUGGCUAGUGAAUUGGACAUGACCGAGGAGUUUGCUCUGGCAACUCCUAGGGCUAACCAUCUAAUGGCGGUCCCCACUUACCGACUUUACAAUUGAUUCCAUACGAGUGAGUUUAUACGUCUAAAUUGUAAUGCUGGCAGAUGUUUUGAUAUUUGCUCCGCUAGCUAUGGUGGUGUCGGUGAAUGCUAUGGCGAUAAUAGUUGCACCUGUGGUUUUUUCUGCGAGUCUCCUCCACAUCCGUAUGUGUAAUGACAUUUAUAUGUUGUUGUUUCAUGCUUGGGGCGUCAGGAAUUGUUUAUUUGUCGUGAUUCUUUUGGGUCUACGUUGAUUUGCCCUUUGCAUUUGUCUAAUUUUAUUGUUCUCUGUUUUUUUUGGGUGAUGUUAUGAUUGGGUGUUGUACCUUGCAUUUGUCUCAAUGAUUCUAUUUUGGAUUGCUGUUGCUGCUACAUGUAGGGAGGUGUAGUGCUGUCUUAAAACUCAAUAA